UUGGGCAUGUAUAGUAAGUGAUAUGUUGAAAAAUAAAGUGCUUGAUAUACAGCUUCAACGCUUUUCUUAAUAUUUAAUAAGGUAAACGUUCUACUAGUUUCUGCGUCCAAGUCUUUAAUUGAAAUAUCUGACCUAGUCAAGGAAUACGAUCGGCAAGCUUGGUUAUCGCAAGAAUGCGACAUUUCCUUUUCCAUCAGGGUGCUCCGUAUAAUCCUCCAGUUUUCGUCUGGUGGAUUUCAACGUAGAAAACGACAUGCGAACGCGUCUGCAAGUUUCUUCCGCAAACUUCAGAAUUGGAAUUAAGACGUUAUAGAAAUGGAUUAAGGAGUUUAAUUAAGUUGAUUCAACGCUCGCGCCACAAAAUUUCGCAGCUCUCUCUCUGGACUUGCGGAUUGCCGUUUAUCGUUGAUUCUUCCCGGAAUCUAGUUUCUAAUUUCGAAGUUUACGUUGUAUAAAUUUUACAAGCUUCCUAAAUCUUAUGCAAUUGGAAAGGACAAAUAAUUAUAUAGAGUAAAUUGGGGUAUAAUGGCGUACAGAAAAAAUGGCUAUACGGAAAAAAUCUUCUCCAUAUGACCAAUAACUAUAAUUUUUCUAAUAAUUAUUAAAUAAUGUGUUCUUGUAAUUUUUUUCAAAGAUAAUUUAUUGUAGUUUAUGUGCGUAUAUUAUUUGAAAUAAAUAUUACAUCGCGUUAUUACUUUUAAUUGCUUGCAAUGUUUUUCAUGUGUUCAUUAAAAAUUACAACAUCAAAUAAAUUAUAGUUGGGCUGUCACAAUUAAUGUUAAACACAUUAAAAAGUUAUGUAAAUUGUAACGUGUGAUUAUAUAUCUUUUUCUAUUUUAUUAAUAAAUAUUAUGACUAUCUUUCUCUUAUAGUUUGGGUAAAAUGGCUCAUGAUUUUUUUCGAGGUAAGCAUUUAUGUAUAUAUCUUUAAAAAAAGAUGAGAAGUUGCGCACUUAACAUCUUAAAUUUGAAAUAUCAUAGAUACAUCAAACACGAGCAACACAUCUUCCUUGUAUAAUAAUAAUCCUAGAGUAAUACCAAAUCAGUUUAUUCCAUAAUGUCACAAGAUAUAUACAUAUUAUACCAUUAUAAAAUGAUAUAUCAGUUAUAAAUGUUUGAAGGAAAAGCAAAAAUAUCAAUAAAAGUAAUGUUUAAUGUUGCAUUCAUUUUUGUACACGGAGAAAAUUUUAUAGUAAAAUUUACUAUGAUAAAUAGUAAACACGGAUCAAGAAAGAAAUAUAAAAAUUUUUACUAUGUUUUUUAUCAAAUUACCUACAGUAUUUAUACUACUGCACAUUACUUAUUCUCUAAAAUUUAUCCGUGGCUAUUGUACAUAAUAAUUUUUACUAUAAAAUUUUUUCCAUAUAGUCUUGUUAAAUCCUUUGCAAUAGUAUCAGAAUUUCGAUGUUAUGUAAGUGACAAUUCAUAAAUUCCAUCAUUUGUUUUUUGUACAUUAAACAAAAUUUAGCAUUUGAUUAAAUCUAAUUUAAUAACAAUGGCGGUACUCAACGUAACGACUUUGUUUCUCCACUUACAUAACACUUUCUCUCUCUCUCUCUCUCUCUCUUUCUCUCUCUCUCUCUCGUCUCUUCUUUCUUUCUGUUUGCUUUUAUCUCUUUCUUUUUUUCUCGAACAAUUUCAUUUUAUAUUCGGCAAGAUUAGAGAACCUCUAUCCCUGACCAUUUCAUUAUUCAUCUUAUAUGCACUCCAAGAUUAUAUAUCUGUCUCUCUUUUCUUUCACCUCGCUCGUCCCCUUCUUUGCCUCCGCGUUCGCUCAGCUUUACUCUUUUUAUAUUCUCCAACCCACUUUGUCCCCUGUCGGCCCUCACCUUCCGCUGCUGGGCGACUUUGCAAUAUUGUAAUGUGAAGCACAAUACGUUGCUCUCUAAAAGAUGCGCUACCGUAAAGAGGAGGAUGCGCCGAGCGCAUAGAAAAAGGUAUAAACAAGAAGUAAUACGUCUCGUGGCAGAAAAAAACAUAUAAUGAGUAUACACGCAUGUUUUCUAAUAUGCGUAAAGUUAAAUGAUUCUUCCUCAAACAACAACAAAAGAAUUAUCUGCAUCGUUAAGAUAUACUAUAUAUUUUGUCACUCAAGACCUGUUCUCUUCAUGAAAUUUAGAAUUCUUCACGUAUAUGUAAUUCAAUAACGUUCAAUAAAAAAUAAUAUUGUACCAAAAUAAAUCUUAAAUAUAUGUCAUAUAUAACGAUUAAAAUAUAGUACUUUUAAAUUUUAUUCAAAAGAAGAAAAUAACGUAAUUGAGAAAAAUGAUCACGAAGAAAAAGACUUCUCCAAAGUUCCACGAUUUAAACUUAUUUCAAUGCGCACGAACGAUCGACAGAGACCAGAAGACAAGCGAAGCGUACGAAAUAAUGUCCGUUGUUUCCAGUAACGUUGCUUUGCAUAAAAGAUUUCAUAGUAAUGAAAAUAUUAUGUCGGCAGAGGCCCAUGAUAAUAACUAUUUGAAACGGCAGAUGCGAGAGCGCGUCUUAAAUUACAAAGUUCAGUUCCGUCGACAUCUCCAAGGAGCAGUUAUCGUUUGCUAGGAGACUCCUAUCUCUGCUCACGAAAUCGUCUCGACUACGUAGAAUCCAGUUAGGUGUCCAUAUAGGCGUAUACACUGCUAUAUACUCUCACAUACUCCAUUGGUUUCUUAUUGUCACCUGCGCCGAAAGCUCAUCCCGUAAAUGGAUCAAGUGCGCGAAACGUUCUUCCGAUGGAGUCCCGAUAGAUACUCGCGUUCGAUCGAGGCGGCUCUAUUCGUGCAAAAGACAUUUCCGCAACAAAUUCUCUUACCGAUGACACAUGUUAUGCUGCGAACUUUGAACGACUGUAUAUGUUGACAGCCGUAAAUAAAAUAAAAACUGACACCAUUAAAUAAUUUAUCAUCUAUCUAAAAAUAUUUCAAGAGUUUUGAAAAGUAUUUGACAUAUGUGAACAAGUAUGGUGUAUAAAUCAUACAUAGAGUUAUUAAAUAUGAAAUGCAAAUUAACUGAAAACUGAUCAAUUGUAACUUUCAAUACAUGUCAAAUCUUUAAAUAACGGCAGAAAAUAGAGGUCGCAAAAUAAUAAAUCAUCGUCUUCCCAAAAUAGUUAAGAUAAAAGUGAAAUAUUAAGGUAAAUCAAGGUUUUUUCAUUACAAUACAAAGCAAAAUAUUCUGCAAAUUCCUAAGACCUUGUAGUAUAUUACACGCCGAAUAAAAAUUCCAUAAUGCGUAAUGGAAUGCUCAUAAAUAUGUAUUUUUUUCUAACUUAGCGUAAUGUUCAAGUUUGUGCGGGAAAAGCAACGAGAUCUGCGAAACCCUUUCGCAAAACUUGGAAUAACCCUUGACACAACUCAGAAAUGCAGCGACUUCUCUACUAUAAUGCUCAGUGACCAGAAAUAAUCUCAUUACCCGUAAACUUAUUUAAGAAUUUAUAAAGAAUCCUUGGUUAAAAUAUAUACUUAUACGUACAUAAUAAUGUUGACAAACAUGAAACGCUUUAAAUCUGUAAUUAAUUCUAGAAAAGUCUUUAUCACAAAAUUUAUAGAAUUUUUAUCUUAUUAUUGAAAAAAAACAAAAUUGCACACUUGCAUGUUUAUAUGCAAUCUUAUACGUACACCUUGAAAGCAAUCACACCAAACUUUCUGACAAUUUAAAGUUAAUCUUUCUUCUUGAUAAAAUUAUUGAGAUACUAUUGUAAUAAGUAGUAAUAAUCUCAAUAGGAUCAAACUGCCUCAGUCAAUGAACGUAUAUAAAAAAAGAUCCGUCUAUAAAUAACUGUAUAUUUAUUUCUCAAAAAUAUUAUGCAGUACUUUUAAAAAAAUUUGAAAAGUAAUUUUACUUAAAAAAAAGGUCUUUUCUUUUUAGCUAAACUUCUUGUAUAGUUAUCUUUCUUUCUUUUCUUUUUCAGGUAGAGAGAAAAAGAUGAAUUCAGAUAGAAAAAACAUAUCUUAUGUUUGCGUUGUCUACAGCUUCAAAAAUAAUUUAAUCAGAAGACACGUCUAUUAGGAUCCUGAAUAGAUACAUUUAAACUCGCAAGUAUUUCAUGCCACAUAGAAUUCAGUAAUGACAAAAUCAGCUGUACCUUAUGCGAUCUAGAACAAAACAUUAGAGCGACGGGAAUUCACGAACCGCGCGCCAUAUGGCGGAAGAUUUCCGUGCGGGGAAACUCGCUAGGGUCCGCGAAAUUAGCCGCAGAUACCCGGGAUUUCGCUUGCAUAAGCGACGUCGCAAAAACUCAGAAUUUCUGAGAAGGAUGGCUCGCGUGAGGUGGGGGAAUUAUAGCGACAGAUUUGCAAGUGGGUGGUAUACAAAUGUACAGGGGCGGAUGUUGAUUUUUCAAAGCUUUAAGCUACCAAUCCUCGAGAAGUCCGUAACAGGGGCAUAACUAGCAAACGCAUGCUAAAGAAAAUAAAAUUUUCUUUCACGUAAUAUAAUAUAUUAUAUAAUUUUUAAAAAUAAUUCAUAUUUCUGAAAAAUUUAAAGAGAAAUGCAGCAAUUCUCUGGGUACUCUAGUUUUCUGGAGUCUACUCUCGGUCAGUUAGUUAAAUAAGAGAAUAUUAAAGAAAAUGUGUUUCCUAGUUUUAUAAACAGGUUUACAAAGAAUUGCUAAAUAUCCUUGUAUGUAGAAUAUUCUGCGAAAUGUUCUUUUGUGUUAAUUCUGCCCGAAGUCGUGCCCUCGAAACCUUAAAUUUCAGCAGUUUUCACGUAAACCCGUCCCUGUAACUGUACCGCUGUAACUAUGGAAUAUGACACGAGAGAAAGGGAUACGAAACAGCAAAGAGGGAGGAAGCAGGAGGGUGGAACAGCGAGAAAAGAGAGGAGAAGCGGGUAGUAAGGCUCUUGCAAAACAUACGCGGCUGAAUCUGACACAUCCUCUGGCAGUCUGUUGGGUUUUCCAGGAUGGCGAGGGGGCGUGCAAAUCUAGACGGUUACUUACUGACACACACAGCAUUUUGCUAUCGUACCGAAACUUUCUCUCGCUUGCACUCGCGCCCGCGCAAGUGUAACCUCCUCGCCAACUCUCUUCCUCCCGGCUCACUACCUCUCAUCUCCACCCUCUCGACAGUAUUGUAUUGUAUUAAAGCCGCGGCUCGUGUUGCGGCUUGACAAAAGCAGGCACACGACCUACCCCGCACUCAGUCUCCUCCUCAUCCUUUCUCUCCCUCCAUUCCUAAUCCUCCCGCCGCUCUGCACGCGCAGCACCCUGUGGUGCCGCAGAGUCCAGAACACGCUGUAUUAUUCACGGAGUAAUAUAAACCGCAAAUGACAGAUAUCCUAAAUGUCCUUCUGGCCCAUCCGAUCAACCAUUCGGAUCCAGCCAGGCUUGGCUCCUGUCACCUUGUCAUGCGCGACAGCCGCAACAGGCGGAUUAACGCUCGCACGAGACUCGCGGAAAAUACAUACAGUGAUAUAAAUACGAGCGAGUUUGUAAUCAUCACGAGACCAGUCGAAUUUGAUUAUUGAUAUGCAAAUUAUUCUCGAUAUAUUAAUAACGUUGAUACUUUACUAUUUCGUAUAAAAUUGUUUUAAACAUAUUAUCACAUUAUAAAUAAUAUAUAUCUUGUUUUUAGAUGUUUUAAUAUUUUUGUAUCUGUGCGAAAUACUUUUCCAUUUAUGUAAAAUUACAUUUUUAAAUGAGAUAAAAUGUUCAACAAUAUUUCAUGUCAUGACAGUAAUUAUGCAAGCAAUAUAAUGAAUUACGCACAUAAUCUUCUUUCGAAAAUGAGAAGAAAAAUUAGAGGAAGUUUUAAAAAGAAAAUUAAAAAUUAAAAUGAAAAAUUAUUAUACAUUAAUUACAACAAGUGACUUUUAAUCACUCUAAUUACAAGAUGAUACGUGAAAAGUUUUCUAUCUGAUUGGUUUGGCGAAAUUCAUUACAUUUUCCUCAUUUCUGCCCUGUCUUCAAAUUUCAAGAUGAACCUCAACCGCGACUCCAUCAAAAGUGCUUUCAACCCUUAUCAGACGCAUCUGACUCUGACACGUGAUUCGAAUUUGCCGCGUACCUGCGGUGUCAGCGGUCCUCUUUAAAGUUAUACUAGCUUUACCAGAUUCACGCGAAAUCACUUCAAGAAAUACACAAAAUAAUAUUCUCAGACAUAAAAGUAGUAAAACAUAGUAAAACAUUAUCGGUAUUAUUAAAUUACUAUAUUACAUCGGUAUUAUUGAAUAUGAAACACUUCAUAAAAAUUAAUUCAAUUUUGUUAAAAUGCACAUUGCGUAAUGAAAUUAACAAUUCGAAUGAAAUUAACAAUUCAGAUGUUGAACCAUAAGGAGAAAUAGCAAUUAUCCACAAUUAUGCGUAGUAUGAAACCAUGUACACCGAUGUACCAAUUUCAAAAAGCGUCCCAUAAAAAUUAUUCUUAGCAAAUUUCAUGCAAAAGAAAGCGUAGCCUAUUCUGAAAAGCAACUUUUCGCGACUUUUCCGGUAGACAACGUUUACGAUGCGCUAUUCUUAGCUUUUGCAUCAAGGCGACAUGCACAGGGGCUUGAAUUAACGAGAGGCUUUUCGUAUCUCGGCGUUAUUACAGCUCUAAGUAAUGCGCUGUGCUUAAACCCGUAUUUACGACAGCCGUGCAAGAACCUUUUGUCUUCGGACCGAAAUAUUUCUCUCCGCUCGAUCGAUAGCACCGCAUCAGAAAUUUUUAAUUUAUAUCCUUCUUCAACCACAGAGGCGCUAUUUUACUUGAUCUAUAAAAGUGGGGUAUAAGAAAAAGCGUGAGAUCUUCUAAUCGUGUUUCUAAAUUCUAUCGAAAACGUCCGUCACUAAAACUUUGCAAACAAAUAAACAACUUGUUCUUAAGAAACAUUUUACAUAUCAUCAUAUUUUUUAUUUCUAUACACAUUGACAUUCGACAUAUUGUUGAACACUUUUCACUUAAAAACUUAAUUUUAAAGUGUAAACUAUUUUCUUUUAAUUAAUGCUGGAUGUUGUACAAAAUAUAUUUCAUCUUUUCAUAGAGAACUACAAAAGAUUAUAAAUAUUGUAUAGUAAAAAAGAAAAAUUAAGUAUAAUUCAUUCAAGAGUAAAUAAGCUCUUUUAGAGACGAAAAUUUUCCUUCAGGAUGAAGCACCGAUAUUUUUUCGUUUGCACUAACAGUAUUAUCUUUUACGCUCGACUUAGGAUCUUUUCUCCUUGUAACGAGAAGAGGAAGAGCGAGUCAUAUGUCGAAGGUAAUGGUGCGUCAGUGAGUGAUUUGUCUCCGCCCAGCUAUUUUUCUGUGUGUUUAUGUUUUUUUCGUCUUCCGCGCCCUUUUUUUCUUGUAUAUAUUUGAAUAUUUUAUAUUUUCAAAAAAGAUGUGUAGUAAUAUUAAUGUUAUGUUUAUCGUAGUUGUCCAUAUCAAUCUUGCAAAAAUAAUUAUAUCAAAUAAUAUGAUGUUUAAAAGUAAUAAUACAAAUACACAUGCAAUAAUAAUUAUAUCCAAAGAUAAAAAUAAAAUAAGAAAUUGGAUUCAGUGUAAUUAAAAUUUACAUUGCAAAAUUCUCAAUUCACAAUCAUGUAUAUAAUCUAAUAAGUUAUAUUAUUAAUUUCUAUUUUACUUUAUUAUUGAUACGAUAUCACAUUUUGCUAUCACAUCUCAAUUGGCUACCCAAAUCGCUUUAUCUGCUCUUUAUCGACAUGUUGUAAAAUGGUUUAAUGUUGACAAUAAAAUUAUGACGAUGUCCAAUUAUCCCUACUCUUGUUGCGAGAUAACUAUAUAUAUAUAUAUAUAUGGAUACAUCUCGAAUUAUAUUACUCCUAUGAAUACCGUCCUUGUAUUCUCGACGAAUAUAAAAAUAGGGUCCGCGCACACGAGGCCUGAAUUAUUUCUACCGCAAAGCUGAGUGAGAAGCACCCGACCAAUGGACAUCCCGUUCACUUAUUUACCGUAGCCCCAAGCAAACUGAUCGUGGAACAUGUAUUGAAUUUUUCAUACGGACCGCCUCGUCUUUUUUCCGUCGCUCGGGUUCUUUUUAAAAAUUCCUGCGAGAGACCGGUAGUCUCGAUUCUUUCCUGAAAGAUUGAACGGCCGUUUCGCAUCCUCGAACGAAAGUGUUCUGUGCCCAAAAUGCGCGUCGUGACACUCGUAUUGCUAUCAAUUUCACUAUUCUGUACGUUCCAACACAGCCGCGGAUACAACAUCUUAGGUAUUUGCCCGAGCACAAGUUACAGCCACCAGCAAUCUUUUCAAGCAUUGAUGAAAGCAUUGGCAGCGCGUGGUCAUAAGGUUACAGUUUUAUCAACAGUUCCCUUAAAGAAUCCCCCAACAAAUUAUGAGAACGUUGACUUAUCAUUUUCGUAUGUAAAAAUGGAUUGCACAAAAUUAAGACAUAUGGGAGCCUAUGCGUUACUCCAUCAAAACUUUUGGCAAGCGGAUAUCAUAUGCAGAAAUCAAUUGUUUAGUCCUGCUAUUGACAAGCUUCUAGCGAGCAACAAAGCAUUCGACGCAGUCAUUAUAGAGCAAUUGUGGUUUCAUUGUUAUUACUCCCUCGUAAAACACUACAACUUUCCUGUGAUGAUUGGAUUUUUAAGCGUGGGCAGCUUGCCCUUCGUAAUGGACUCCGUAGGAAAUCCGGACGAUCCUAACUUUAAUCCAGAUAUGACGUAUCCAUUCACGGACAGAAUGACAUUCAACGAGCGUAUAAUGAAUAUCCUUUACACAACAUACACAAGAGUGUAUUACCGAUACUGGCAUUUACCAAAGGCUCAACGCAUGGCUAAUAAACGGAUACCUGGUACACCCGUUUAUGACAUCGAUAAAAAUUUCAGUUUAGUGAUUCUAAGCAACAAUCAUGUGUUCGGUUACCCAAAGCCAUUGCUGCCGCAUGUGAUCGAAGUUCACAGUUUGCAUAUUUCAAAAGACCCCGGUCUCUUACCUGAGGAUAUUCGCGAAUUUCUAGACAACGCUCAGGACGGUGCUAUUUAUUUCUCUCUGGGCUCAAAUCUGCAAACUGACCAACUACCUGCUGGACCUUUGACCACAUUGUGCAAUGCCCUAGGCUCGCUCAAGCAAAGAGUUUUAUGGAAACAUGACGGUAACAUGGCUAUUCAUUCGACCAACAUCAAAUUUGUGAAGUGGGUGCCUCAACAAGCGGUCCUCGCGCACCCCAAGGUGAUAGCGUACAUGAUGCAGGGCGGAUUGCAGUCGUUGCAAGAGGCAGUGCACUAUGCCGUGCCCGUCGUCGCGAUACCCUUUUUUGGGGAUCAGUAUUUCAACGCACGUAAAAUCCUAGACGCCGGUAUCGGACUGACACUGGACAUCGACACCAUAACCGAAAACUCCAUCGUACAAACGCUGACGGAGAUCGUCGAAAAUAAAACGUAUUUGAACAAUAUCAAAACGAUGUCGGCGAUCGUGCGGGACGAAUUGGUGAAACCUAUAGACAAGGCGGUGUGGCAUGUGGAACACGUAUUGAAAUUUCCAAACUCGAAACAUUUACGGUAUCAUGGACACGAUAUGUCAUGGAUAGAUUACUAUGCAACGUAUCUGUGCUUGUGUAUAUGCCUUGCUUUAUUAUCAUACAUCAAUUACGUGUUAUGCAACAGAACUGUUAAUGCUCUUAUGAAAAUCAGAAGCAACUUAAAACGAUGGAUAAGUAACUUAAAACAAAAGCUCGAUUGAUGUAAAUUUAUAUAUAAGUAAUGAAAAGAUUGAUUUUAUGCAAUAUAUAUAAAUUGCAAGAAAUUUACGUUAUAAAAGAGAGAAUUACAUCUGUGUAAACCUUACAAUAAAGUAAAUAAUGCACAGAAAAAAAAAUUCUUAUUUUGAGAAUCUCUUUACUGUUAUUACAUUUUAACCAAUGUAAGCAAAUUAUGUUUGUCUAACGCUAUGUAAUCUUAUUUUAGUAUUUAACACUUACAAAAAUAAAAAUAUCCUCAAAACAA